GGAGCGCCGUGGGGUCCCACGGGAGUCAGCAGCGGGGAUGUCCGGCGGCCCCCAGCGGUAAGCGACCGGCUGCGGCCUCGCGCGAAGCCCUGCUGUGCUCCGAGCCGCGUGUGGGCGGGGGGGGGGGGGGCAUCUCGGGUGUUCCCCCUGGCUGUGCAGUGCCCGUGACCUUGGCCUUUGCUUAGAGGUGAUGGGUGGAGCUUCCUUCAGCUGCUUGAGGAGCAGCGUGGGGCUUAAUCAGCUCUUAAUAGCUCUUACGGACAGUGAACAGUGAAUCCACGCUCCAUGGCUCAGCAGGCAAAUCUUCAGCUGUAGAGCGUUAACACGGUGCUAAUAAUAAUAUAGGUGUGCUGAAUAGAGAAGCUGUUUGGAUGUGCUCCCUUAACAAGUCACGUGGAACAGAGACUGGAUAUUGCAGAACAACAAUAAAAACAGAAUUGGGUUCUGAAAGUACGUGCAAGGAAGAAGUGGUAGCCAGGAAGAGUGGCGAUAUGGCAAACUUCAUGGAUGAUUUGACUCUCAAUUCACCAAAGAAAAGAGAGAAUUCUUUGAGAUCCAAGAGAAGCUGUGAUAGGUCAUCAUCGAGAUCAUCCAGUCGGUCUUCCUGCAGCUCACAGUCCAGUUCGAGUAUGUCCUCUUCGGCUUCCUCCAGGAGUUGGAGCCGGUCCAGAUCCAGGUCUAGGGGUCGAAGAUACAGUUCCCGAAGGCACAGAAGAUACUCCCGUUCCUAUUCCAGAAGCCGCUCAAGAUCACGUGGCUACAUGAGGUACAGAGGAAGGUACCCCUCCAGGCACUACAGGAGGUACCACCGCUCUCCUCCGAGGUACAGAUCACGCAGUAGGUCGCGGUCCCGUGGAAGAUCGUACUACAGAAGGUCCUAUUCAAGAAGCAGGUCACGUUCAAGAGGCAGGAGAAACUAUGGGUUUGGGCGGACGGUGUAUCCUGAGGCUUACAGGAGCUGGAGAAGCAGGUCACGAACAAGGUCUCGGAGUAGGUCACCUCUGCACUUGAGUGAAAAAGAAAAAAGGGAACUUCUGGAAAUUGCAAAGGCUAAUGCUGCAAAAGCUCUGGGAACAGAAAAUAUAGUCUUGCCUGCUAGCUUGAAGAUCCGUACUGCUUCUAAGGAGACCAGCAACAUUAAAAAAGAACACGAAGACUCUGGGGAGUCAGAUGAGCAACCCAAAGGACUGACAGAAGUCAUAACCAAAAGUGGAAUGGAGAGAGCAACCUCACGGAGCAUCUCUUUCAGCCCUAAUAAUACAAUGGCAAAGCCAGUACAACAGAAGCCAGCAAGCCAUGUUGUUAAAGAACCAUCAAUUUCUCCAGGAAGAGAAGAUGACAGAAAGGGAAGUCCCUAUGGGCAGUGGGUUCCUGUCAAGAAGGAGGCCAAAAAGUUCCUAAACUUCUCACCCAAAUGUACACUGUUCCGGGCGCGCUAGAAUAGCUCACUGUUCCUCAGACUGCAGUAUAAUAAUGCCUGGGUAGUGAGGUCUGAAGUUUUCUGGUCAGCUUUUGAAGGCUUGUUAACGUUGAGUAUUUAUUUUGAUAUCUUUAAUUUUGGAAUCUUAGGUUUCUCUUUCAGAUGUAAAGCACAGUGAUCCAGAAGCCACAGAUGGAAUCUUGUGUAUAUUUGUAAAUAUUUUUGUAUUGCUUUAAUGGACUAGAACUUAACAGGUGGGUAAUUUUUUUCUAAAGAAUAGUUCAGUAGCUGUUAAUUUGAACAGUUAAAUUACAUUGUGUAACUGUUUACUUCAAGUAAAUAAACUUCAGUUUUGCACUGGCA